UUUUAGCCAGCCAUGCGCGUUCACGUCGAGACCAAAAUCGCGUAGCCGCUGCGGUCAUCUUGCCGGUUCGAUCGUAGAAGAAACCUGUUCCGCCGAAUGGUUGCCGAAUACACAUAAAUUAAUCAUCAGGACUCCGGUCACAACAUUUGGAUUAUGUUGGCGAUGUGCAGUCAUUGCAAUGAACCCGGAAGAACUUCAGAAGGCGUUGACGGCAGUUGAAACCAGCAUCAACUACGGACUGAGACUGAUCGAAAUCAGCAAGCUGCGACGGGACGACACGUGGCUGAUCAAAUAUCUCGCAUUGUGCUGA